CCUUCUUCUCUCAACGAUCAACCCCUACAGCAGUCGCCAAAAAAGAAACAGAAAAAGGGUAAAAACCUAGCUCAACCCCAACACGUCGGAAGCCAUGGAUUCGUCGAUUCCGAGCAAGAAUCCUCGACAUGCUCAUGUUUGAGAUCAAACGGGAAAGAAGGUUUUCCAUCUCUGCAACAUGUUUUGGACUAGGGUUUCCAAGAAUAUUGACCUCUUUCCCUCUCUAAAUCAAUUGCAAUCCCUUCUUCCCUACUUGAGCAGACAAGUUGCAGAAGCUUCUAAAGGUGGUGGGAUUCCUAAUUUUGCACGAAAUUCAGAUUUUCAACUACAGGGCUUUUUCCUGCGCAAUGAAUAUAGCACGUUACCGUAUGUUAAAUGGUGCCGGUUUUCAUCGCCUGGUGUGCGGAGGUUUGAAGGAUCUUCAUUCGGUUUACGGCGAGGCUAUGUUUCUCAAACCGCUCGAGAACGGAGCUCGCAAACCACUUUCCUAUAUCUGAUGGGACUGGUUUGUGCUAUGGUGGGCUGUACGUAUGCUGCUGUCCCUCUCUAUAGGAGGUUUUGCCAGGCCACUGGAUAUGGCGGCACUGUUCAGCGACGGGAGAGUGUGGAGGAAAAGAUUGCUCGACAUGCUCAAGAUGGAACUACCACUUCAAGGGAGCUUGUAGUACAGUUCAAUGCUGAUGUUGCUGAUGGGAUGCCAUGGAAGUUUGUUCCUACACAAAGAGAGGUCAGAGUCAAACCAGGAGAAAGCACUCUUGCAUUUUACACCGCUGAGAAUCGCAGUUCAACUCCUAUAACUGGUGUAUCUACAUACAAUGUUACCCCAAUGAAGGCUGCAGUCUACUUCAAUAAAAUACAGUGCUUCUGCUUCGAGGAGCAGCGCCUUCUUCCGGGCGAGCAGAUUGACAUGCCGGUGUUUUUCUACAUUGACCCCGAAUUCGAGACCGACCCAAGAAUGGAUGGCAUCAACAACUUGAUCUUGUCAUACACAUUUUUCAAGGUCGGUGAGGAAUAGGCUGUUUUCGCAGGGAGAGUUGCUCUUUGCUCUGGCAUUUUACAACGAUCCAGACAUAUGCAGAGAGUCGUUGCACACACAGCAUGCAUGCAUCUCAACCUGAAUUGUACAAAUCAUGGGCCCCAUUGCUGGUGGGAAAUUAUCCAAAAAUGCUGCCUAAAUGGAUUAUUGCAGCUGUCCCAUUGCUGGCCAUCAUGGCAGUCCAACGGUCCAAAUUCAACAAACAGAUAUUAAGUAAUUGGAGGUUAAAUGAUCUAGUCAACGCGAUUUUGGGUCUAUUCCUCAUCUGAAGUGGGGCCCAUCAUUUGUACAAUUAAGAUCAGGCGCAUGCAUCCCUUGCAUGGUGGCUCUGUGCAUGCAUCUGGAUAGCCAUUCAUCGCCACAGGGGCAUCUAUGUUUUUCCUAUUUUGACUGAAGCUGCCAAACUCAAGAGCCGUCACCUUCGAUGGGUGAGUCAUAUUUUCUGUCCCCAGUUAUUCCAUCUCUCCUACUAUUUCGUGACGGAAGCAUCUGCUACGUUGCUUCUGCUUGUCAUUAUAGAAGAUCAACGAUUGAAAAUUCUUCUGGGAUUCACUAGACUACAGCAUCAACUUCCAGAGACAUCGUAAUUUCCAUUCUGUUACUCUAUCA